AUCCAAUCCUUUCGAAGCAGUAACAAAAAUGACGACAAUGGCGACUCAGGGCGCUUGGCUGCGAUUACGAAUGACCUCAUCACCGAAGUCCGUCGCAAAGUCAACGGAGCUUGGAUUCCUCACUUCUCAGCUCAGUGGCGUAAGAAUUUCGCAUGGUCCUCCCAGUGACGUCAUCAGUCGUAUCUCCGUUCCUUCCUUUCCCGGUCUUCAGCCAAUUGUCGCCCGUAGAAUCUGCCCUUUUACUGGUAAGAAAGCAAACAGAGCUAACAAAGUUUCCUUCUCAAACCACAAGACCAAGAAGUUGCAAUUCGUCAACUUACAGUACAAGAAGGUUUGGUGGGAAGCUGGCAAACGUUUUGUUAAGCUCCGUUUAUCUACUAAGGCCUUGAAGACCAUUGAGAAAAACGGACUCGAUGCUGUUGCCAAGAAAGCCGGCAUAGAUCUUCGCAAGAAAUAGAAAAAUCCGGUAGAUGAAUGAUGAGUUUUAUUAUUAUUUACAUUUCUUGCUGCCUCCUUUUGUACUCAAUACACUCCCUUCUCGAUUUGGUUAAAAGUAUCAAUGCAAAUUUCUGAGUUGAAUUUUUCUUGUGA